AUGACCACCACCAAACAAAUCCUCCGCUCCGAGGUCAUCAUGGAGAAAUACGGCAAGAGACUUGCCGGGAAGACAAUCCUGAUCACAGGAGUCUCCGAUGAAUCCCUCGCAGGCGAACUUGCCCUCCAAGUCUCCACCGCCAACCCCAAGCUCUUAAUCCUGAGUGCCCGAGCCGAAUCCAAGGUCUCAGGAAUCAGAGCCAAGAUUCAAGCUUCUGCCCCGGAAGUGCAAGUCCGCUUUCUAAAGAUGGACUUGAGCGACUUCGCCGACGUACGAAAAGCGGCCGGGGACCUGGCAGAUGUAUCUCAAAUCGACCAUCUAGUCUGCGUCGCCGGUGUGAUGAUGCCACCUUAUUGCAAGACAAAGGAUGGAAUCGAGUCCCAGCUGGCAGUCAACUAUUUGGCGAACUUCUUGCUUGUCAAGUUGCUUCUGCCGAAGGUUCGUGCUGCGGGACCGGAGUCAUCGGUUAUUAUCGUGGCUAGCGGGGCGGUUAGACUGGGGAAGAUGAGCUUUGAGGAUUACAAUUUUAGUAAUGGUGAAUCCUACGACCCUAUGGUUGCGUAUGGGCAGUCGAAUGCAGCACGCGUCAUGUUUGUCAAGAGACUCGGCGAGAAGUUGAAGAGUGAGAAGAUUCGUGUGUUCAGUAUUGAUCCUGGUGCGAUGCAAACUGGCUUGCUGCGACACAUUUCUUCUGAAUUUCUCGAGAAAUUCAUAGAGUUGAGCAAGACAGGUCAACUGAUGAAAGAUCUGGACGGAAAGGAGUUCUCAUACCCUCCGAUUACGGGUACCUCGGAAGGAGCUGCUACUGUCAUUACUGGCAUGGUUGAUCCGACUAUCGCAGAGUACAACGGCUCCUAUCUCUACCAGAACGCGGUUGCAGAUCAGGACCUGCACACUCACGUCAACGACCAAGAUAACUGGAUCCGGCUCUGGGAGUUGAGCGAGGACCUAACCGGGGAGAAGUUCUCGUUGUAA